AAAAAAUUGCUUGAUUCAUGAGUCCAUCAAGUUAAUAAAUGAAAGGAAACAGCUGUUUACGUCCAACCAUGUCCAAAAAAGAAUGAAAAAAAGACAGAAACAGAAAGUGACCAAAGGAGACUUUAAUUAAUAUCUUUCCGACGAGAAUGGAAACUGUAAGAAGAACAAUCCCAGAGGCGUUACUGGUUGAGAUACUUGCAAGAUUACCGGUGAGAAGCAUCGCAAGAUUCAAAUCAGUCUGCAAAAGAUGGAAAUCUGUUAUAGAAUCGGACUACAUCCGCCGGCUCUUUGUCUCCCUCCACCGACACUCCUCCUCCUCAUGGUCUCUCAUGUUCAGAACCGAGUACUGUCGUCACAUCACACAACCCAUAGGCUUCCACGGAUGCGAAACAUGGGAUCUUCCCAAAUCACUUGUUUCUUAUAUCAUGCCUUUCCAACGGUAUCCGAAUCUCCCUACCUCUGAAUACUACUUUAAAGCUUCUUCAAACGGAUUGAUCUGGAUCGAUGUCUUUCUUUCCCGUAAUCAGAACAUGGUUUACAGCUAUAAAUCUUUCGUUGGUAAUCCAGUUUUACAGCAAUGGGUUGAGAUCCCUCCAGCUCCUGAUCCAUGGGCUAAAAGUAAAAUCCCUUGGUAUCAGAAUCCAUUUUCUGCCGUCGGUAUGGUGACCCGUGUUGAGCACGGCAUCGUUUCGAGCUUCAAAAUGGUUAGGACGAUCCAAAUGGAAAUGUUUGAUCGUAAAGUUGAAGGAAUGUAUCUAUGGAGAGUUUGUGUGUAUUCGUCUGAGACAGGUUUAUGGACUAUCAAGAAACUUUUCUCCACCCGAGCCGUCGGCAACUAUGGUUUUGAUUCUCUAAACGGGGUUCUUUAUAUGUGGGAUAGGUUUAUGUUUUGUAAUGGACCUGGUGUCCUUAUAGCUCAUGACUUUUAUGGCCCUGAAGCUGAUGAUCAAUGUCAGAUUAUACCUCUCCCUGGCGUGGAUCACAAAAAAGCUCGGAGAUGCUUGACUACUUCAGUAGAAGAUGUUAUCUUCAUCGAAGCUAUAUAUCGAAGAUUGAGUGUAUGGAGGCUGAAUAACGAAGAUAUCAGUGAAAGGUGGCAGCUGAUUUGGGAAAUUAACAUGCCGUCUGUUGUAUCUGAUGUCAACUGUUUCCCCCUGGCAAUGAAUCCGUUUGAUUCUGGUAUCGUCUAUCUGUGGUUACGUCAAGACCGUUGUUUGGCAUCUGGUAACUUGCGGACAGAAGAGUUUAUUGUUCAUCAAGAAUCAGAUGAUUGGAGUAGUAGUAGUGAAGGUGAUUGUUGUCGCAUAAACAAUUCAGAUACUGCAGGGCACCUGGAAGAAUUUUGCAAUGGAGUCGUUAUGUUAUCCCAGUUUGUGCUCCCACGUUGGAUGGACUCCGUACCCCAACCGCCAACUUGAUUAUCCUUCUUAGGGGAUUAGUAACUUUCCAUUUUGACGACAAAAAAAAAAAAAGCUUUUUCUUCGGUGUUUAUGUAUUCAGCAUGCUGUAGCAUGAGCUGUGCAACGUAUUAAUAAUCAAUUUUUUUUGGCAGUGC